AUGAUUACGAAAGAAAGUUAAACUAAGAGGAUAAAUAUAAAAAUGAUAUUUUAUGAAAGAAUACUUUAGUUAUAUUAUUUUUCAAGUUUCAAGGAGUAUUAAUAAUAUUUUGUUAUCAUAUUGGGAGAAAUUCAAUACUUAACAUUUCUAUGGGUACCUAAUAUGAAAUCUCAAUAAAUAGGAUUUUAUGAAACAUCUAUUAAUUAUUAAGCUUUUGCUAUUUAUUUUACUCGAAUAGAUUAGUUGAUUUACUUUUAAUUCGGCAAAUCUUAAUCAUUUUAUUUGUUAGCAUUAAUGACUCAAAUACUUUUAUUUGUAAUACCCAUUAUUUUGUUAAUUCUAAUAAAACAUAAACAACAGGUUUUUUAAUAUACUUUCUUAAAACUAUAUUUCUGUUUAAGUUCACUUUAUUGUCAAAUAUUUAUAAUCACAAUUUUUAUUCCUUUUUCAAUUUUUUGUGUGGAUUCUCUACUGAUGAUUAUAGAUAUGUUAAGUGCAACCAAUUAUAUAGAUAUAUUUUUAAUUUGUUUAACUUUUGGACUUUUAUUACUAUUUGGAAUUAUUAUAUCUAUAUUAUGUAAAGAAACUAUAGAUUUAAAAAAAGAUAGAUUUUAAAAAUUAAAUUAAACUUUUUUAGAUUAUGUACAAUUAAUACUUUUCAUAUUAUAAAUUAUAGUUUAUGGUGUUAUCAUAGAUUAAAAUAAUGCUUAGAUUUUAUAAUGUAUUUUAAUAAUAACAUUAUCUUUAAUAAAGAUAUUAUAAAUUUAUUAAUUUUAAUACACAAACAAUAAAAUAAUCAAUUUAAUUCUAAUAAUAUCAUCUUUUGGUUUAACUUAAUCAAUUGUAUAUCUUAUAAAUAAUAUAAAUGGAAGAAAAUUAACAUUGAAUGCGAAUUCAAUUAUUAUUUUAUUAUUUAUAGGUUUAUCAAAGGCAUUAAUAGAAAUUUAUACAUCCUAAGAAAAAGUACUUUGCAAUAAAAUUAUGACAAUUAAAUCACAAUUGUCAUUAAAAUAUUUCUUUACAAAAUUAAUUAAUGAACAUUUUAAUGAUACUCAAAAGAGAAUUCUCAAUGCUAUAAUUACUAGUGGUUUAGCUAAAUUAUAAGAUUAAGUUGAUGAAUAAGCACAUUUUUAAAACUAUGAUUAUAAUUUUCUAUCUCCUUAAAGUAUGGAAUAAUUUGUGACUAAGAAAUUGAAAUAAUAUGCCAAAAUUGUUUAAAAAAAUAAAGGUUAUGACUUACAUUAUAUUUCUCUGUUAUAUAAAUAUGGAUUAACAAAUUUAGCAUUAAACUAAAUAAAUAGUUUAUUAAAUUCUUUUCUAAAUUAAACCAAAAGUAAAGGAUUCUUGGUUGAUAGUGAAAAUUAUAGUAAUAGACAAGAUAGUUCAAGUAGAUAAAUUCAUCAUCAAACAAUAUCUAGUAAAUCAAUUAAAUCUAAUUCUGAUGAUGUUAAUGAUAUUGCAAAGAAAAAUACUUCAUAAAGGAGUAAAUUAUUAAUUUAAGGUAAACAUUAAUUAUCUUAAAUUGAAACUUCACGUGCUUUAUUAUUAAAAAACUAAAUCAAAACUGAAAUUUAAGUUAGAUUCUAUGAAAAUAAUAAAACUAAAACUUAGAUUAAUGAUAUUUAAUUAGGAGUAGAAUUAUUUUUAAAAAAUGAAAAGAGAAAUUAAAAUUUGAAAAAUACUCUCAUAAAUUUGAUAAAUGAAAAAAUUAAAUUCCUUUCUUAAUUUACAAAUAAGAAAAUUCUAGAUUGUGAUAAAAUAUUUAACUCAGCAAAGGAUAUCAGUUAUUAAUAAUAUAAAGUUGAGAACAAGCUAUUCCAAAGAUAUUAAUAAUUCCCAAGUAGAAAAAUCUAAUCAAUUUUGACCUUUUAUCAAGCAGAAAUCUUAAAUAAUUACAUUGAAGCUUUUAAAUAUAAAGCUUUAACUUCUAUGCCUGAUGAAUAAUUAAUUAAUAUGGACUCUAAUAUAAAAUCAACAUUUUUUACAAAAAAAGUUGUUUUCUUAAACAUAACCUUAGAAGAUAAUUAAACUUUAUCUAUUUAACGUAAGUCAGAAAAUGCUUUGAAGUUUUUCUAAGUACAUCCUGAUGAUGCAAAAUUAUUCACUAAUAUUGAAUACAUAUUACCACUUGGUAUAUAGAAUGAACAUAAUCUAUUAGUAUAGAGAUUCAUAUAAACUAGUAAAUCAAAAUUCUAUCUUAAUUCUAAUUAAACAUUUUUUCGUUAUUAGAAUAUUUUGAUGAAAACAUGUUAAUUUAUUUUUGACAUUCAUUUUGAUAGUAUAAGUCAUUAUAAAUUUUCUGCAUUUUUCUCUGAAAGCAUCAAUUAAUCAGCAUAUAUUUUAGUAGACAUAAAUCAUUUAGUAGGUGGUAUAACAGAGAGCUUUUUUGAAAAAAUAGGAUUCAAUGAGAAAACUGUAACUUAAAUAAAUUAAGUUGAAGACUUUUAUUUACCUAUUGAAUUACUUAUACCAAAUUUUAAAAAAUUAAUAGAUUAAAAUAUUUAGAGUGCCAUCACUGAAUUAAGGUUUAUUAAAGAGGUAUUCUUUAAUCGUGAUGAAUGUGAAAAAAAGUAAAAAAGAUAAUAAUCUUUAACUUCAACAAAUUGGUCAUAACUAGAUAGGCUUUACAUUUUUGAUGCAGAAAUACUAAUUUAAUACUUUGAAAUUUAUGGUUAUUAUUAUUAUAUAAUAGAAAUCAAAGAUUUAAAAUAAUAAUUUAAUACAAAAAAGUCAAUUGGGUAAUCAAGUAGAAGUAAAGCAUAAGAAGGUUUAGAACAUUUUUUUGAAUUAUCUGAUUUAUCUGAAAAUGAGGCAGUUGCAAAUUCUCCAAAAGCGUUCAAAGCUGUUUAUUCAGUAAAACUUAAUGAUGAAAUGAUUGAUUUAGGUGAUGAAAUGGAAUUAAAUAAAAAAUAGAUUGCAUAACCUGUUUAAAUAUUACAACCAGAUUAUAUUUCUUUUUAAGAACCUAAUAUUUUAAGUCCUAAUGUAAGUAAUACUCCUUGGCAAGAUUCAUCUUAAAUUCCUUUGUAAUUUAGCAAUUAAUAAUUUCAUCAAUAAGAUUAUUUUAAUAAACAAAAAGAUAUUUCUAUAUCAAUAAAUGAUUCAAAAAUUAUUAAUAAUUAAGAUGAAUUUGAAGAUGAAAAUAAUAAAAGAGCCAGCAGAAGAAAUGUAGAGGAUAAUAUUAUAAAAAGAAAAAAAAUAGUUUAAGGAGAAGAGGAAUCAUCAUCUAACAAUGCUCUAAAAGGUAUCAAGAAAUCAUAAUUCUAUAAAAAAUAUGAAAUGAUCCUUUAAUUAGUAGAACCAAUAUAUCCUAAUACUUUAAAAUUAUUUUUACUCUUUUAAGAAUUAACCUAUUUUAUUACUUUAACUUAUUUUUUAAUUAUUUUGAUUGGAGUUUAAAAUGAUUUAACUAGAUUUAUUGGAGAAAUUGAUAUGAUUUAAUUGCAUGCUGGUGUUAUGAAUCCACAUGAUUUAUAUUUGUAAAUGAGAUAAACAAUAUUUACAUAUCAAGGAUUUUUAGGUUAAGGAAAACUUACUUAGGAUCAAUACAAAAAGUUAAGUGACCCAUUAUAUGAAAAUAUUGCAAUAGGAUAUUAUGAAUUUAAAGAUGGAUUUAUUUAUUGGUUGAGCAAUGAUUAUCUAACCCCUUUUUUUAAAGAUAAAAAUAUAACUGCAUAUUAUAUGCUUUAUGAUGCUACAAAGACAUAUCCUAUAGUGUAAAACAUUAGAGAGGCAUUAAUGGCUACAUUAUCAUAUUAUUAUUAAUUUAAAUUGAGAUUUGAAUCUCGUUUAAGUCCUGCUAAUUAAACAUAUCAAAUAUAUUAAUUUGCUAAUGUUUACAAUUUCCAUUUUUGGUUGGAAGACUUAACAUUGGAAGUAUUAGCCUAUUCUAAAAAUAGAAGUAUUGAGACUAGUGAUAAAUGGAAUCUCAUUUGGAUUAUUUAUUUAUUUAUAGGAGUCUGUCCUUUAUUAGCUAGUAUAUAAUACUAUAGAUUAUAUAGAUCAAAAUUUGAUAAAUAUGCAAAUCUAUUUAAAUAUUGUUCUUCAUAUAAAAUGGAUUUAGAAAUUGAUAAGUUAAAGUCAAUAAUGAAGAUUUUGAAUAAAAAUACUGAGACUCUUUAUAAUUAUUAAUUUUCUAUUGAAAGUAAAGAGGAUAAUAUUUUAAAAGAGAAAUAGAAAAGUGAUCAUGAUCAAAUAAAAGCCAAAGACAUCAAAGUGCAAUAAUAAUUAAAGAACCUUUCUUUUUUCUCUGGGUUUUUCUUUAUCAUUUUUGGCUGGUUAAUAUUUUUAGCCUUAAGUAUAGUAGCCAAUAUUUAAAUUGCAGAUUACUUAAAUAAAUACACUGCCACAGCUGAUACAUAUAAAUUGUUAUAAGACAUGACAUUAUAUGCAGGAACACUAUUUAGGAAUAGAGAUUUUGGUCUUAAUUUUCCUAAUUUACCUUACUUAAGAGAAUAUGAUAAAGAGAAAUUCUAUGUAACUAUGGAUUUAAGUUUAAAUACAAUUAGUACAUUUUUAGAAUUUUCUUAUUCUUUUGAUGCUUCAAAAUAUUAAGUUUCUUAAGAUUUUUUGGAUUUUUUUCUUAAUAUUCAAUAAAAUGAUGUUUGUACUACAAUUGGAAGUGAUGUAUUAGGAUUUCUAACACAAUAUUGUGAUAUUUCAUUAUAAGGCUCUCUGAAUCAAGGUUUGACUUAGACUUUAAAAUUUAUAUAUUCCACUAUAACAGUAUAGAUGGCCAUGAAUAAUUUUACAAAGAGAAUCGAAUACAAUUGGUAUGAGAAUGAAGGUGGAUUAAUAGUAAUGAGAGCUGCAUAAAUUAUGAGUAAAUAGUUUAAAGCAGGAAUGGUAAAUGUUACAAAUUAAUAAAUUGCUGUUUCAAAUGUAAAUAUUUAUUAUUAUUUUUAUUAGAGUAUUUCAAUCAUAUAUAUGAUAUAUUCGAUCCUUUUGAUGCUGUAUUUUAUAUUUUAUUUAUUACCAAAAUUACAAAAAGAGUUACUUUUAGUUAGAAGAUUUAUUUUAUUAAUUCCAACUUCAGUGUUAUUUUUGGAUGAUUAAUUUGAUAGACAUGUCAGAAUAAUCAUAGCUGGUUAAGAGUAUUGA